AAAGUAAUGUUAGCAUGUAGCUCACAUAGCUAUGCUGGUGUUGCUAAACUAUCAUAAUGUUCAAAUGUAAUGUUAGCAUGUAGCUCACGUAGCUAUUCUAGUGUUGCUAACCUAGCAUGAUGUUAAAAUGUAAUGUUAGCAUUUAGCCCACGUAGCUAUGCUAAUGUUCCUCACCUUGCAUAAUGUUAAAAUGUAAUGUUAGCAUUUAGCUCACGUAGCUAAGUUAGUGUUGCUAACCUAGCAUGAUGUUAAAAAGUAAUGUUAGCAUGUAGCUCACUUAGCUAUGCUAGCAUUGCUAACCUAGCAUGAUGUUAAAAAGUAAUGUUAGCAUGUAGCUCACAUAGCUGUGCAAGUGUUACUAACCUAGCAUGAUGUUAAAAUUCAAUGUUAGCAUUUAGCUCACGUAGCUAUGUUAGUGUUGCUAACCUAGUAUGAUGUUAAUAUGUAAUGUUAGCAUGUAGCUCACAUAGCUAUGUUAGUGUUAUUAACCUAGCAUGAUGUUAAAAAGUAAUGUUAGCAUGUAGCUCACAUAGCUAUGCUAGCAUUGCUAACCUAGCAUGAUGUUAAAAAGUAUUGUUAGCAUGUAGCUCACGUAGCUAUGUUAGUGUUGCUAACCUAGCAUGAUGUUAAAAAGUAAUGUUAGCAUGUUGUUCACAUAGCUAUGCUAGUGUUGCUAACCUAGUAUGAUCUUAAAAUGUCAUGUUAGCAUUUAGCUCACAUAGCUAUGCUAGUGUUGCUCACCUAGCAUGAUGUUAAAAUGUAAUGUUAGCAUGUAGCACACAUAGCUAUGCUAGUGUUGCUAACCUAGUAUGAUGUUGAAAUGUAAUGUUAGCAUGUAGCUCACAUAGCUAUGUUAGUGUUAUUAACCUAGCAUGAUGUUAAAAAGUAAUGUUAGCAUGUAGCUCACGUAGCUAUGCUAGCAUUGCUAACCUAGCAUGAUGUUAAAAAGUAAUGUUAGCAUGUAGCUCACGUAGCUAUGUUAGUGUUGCUAACCUAGUAUGAUGUUGAAAUGUCAUGUUAGCAUGUAGCUCACAUAGCUAUGCGAGUGUUUCUAACCUAGCAUGGUGUUAAAAUGUAAUGUUAGCAUUUAGCACACUUAGCUAUGCUAGUGUUGCUAACCUAGCAUGAUGUUGAAAUGUAAUAUUGGCAUGUCGCUCACAUAGCUAUGCUAGUGUUGCUCACCUAGCAUGAUGUUAAAGUGUAAUGUUAGCUUGUAGCUCAUAUAGCUAUUCUGAUGUUGCUAACCUAGCAUGAUGUUCAAAAUGUAAUGUUAGCAUGUAGCUCACAUAGCUAUGCUAGUGCUUCUAAUCUAGCAUGAUGUUAAAAAUGCUAUGUUAGCAUGUAGCUCACAUAGCUAUGCUAGUGUUGCUAAUGUGUGUGUCCUUCUGUGCCACCCCCUCAUGUUACAUAGUUGUAUGUGAUACAUGACAUGUGUAUAUGUCAAAAGUACAAGUGCACAAUAGUACUUUUUGGAGACACACGGUAAUGUUUACUAAAAGUACUUUACAAACACAUACUUAAAAUUGUUGGAAAAAUAUAUAUAUAUAUAUAUAAUUUUUGGUUUUUAUUAUUUUUAUUGUAUUUUUUACUACCAUCCCCAUCAGGGCCGGCCCGUGGCAUAGGCCGUAUAGGCAAAUGCUAAGGGCGCCGGUGCCAGUGCCACAAAUGUUGGAGAAAAAAAAAAGAAAAAAAAGUUGAUACUAUUAUUUCUAAAUACAAAAAAUAAUCCCACAUUGAUUAAAAUGCAAAGUAAAGCCUAUUUAAUAGAAAUAUUAUUUGUUACAACAUUACGCCUCCCCCCGCACGAUGCGCCCCCUCCCUUCCCGUAUCAUGACUCUUUUUGGACACAUCAAAAAAUCAACACACGAUGUCAAAACGGCCAAAACUGUCAGGUGCCCAGGGAAGAAACAAGAGAAAAGAAGAGGAGGAGAAACGAGAAAAGACAGAGGUAGCAGUCCGCUCGGCGGAAAGUCCGACACGAGAUGAUCUUUGAGGAGCACCUCAGUCCUCCUCCGUGAAAGGAUGGCGGACAACUGAAGCAGGGUCCGAGGAGAAGAUUCUCCUUCUUCUUUUUUUUUUUGAACAUGCCGUUCGCCAAGCGGCUGGUGGAGCCGCAGCUGCUGUGCCGGCACCAAGUUUCGAACCCCGACCAGGAGACUCCGGUCUUGGAGGACCUGGCGUCCAUCAGCAACGUCUGCCUGGCCAGGACACUCCGUCAAAUGUCGGACUUGGCCAAACACGCCUGCUCCAUCUUCCAGGAGCUCCAAGCGGACCUGGAGAGCUCCGGCGUGAGACUCCGGGGGCUGCAGAGGAAGGUGGGCCGCCUGCAGCAGACCUGCGGCGGCAUGGACCCCAGACUACAGCCCGUCCCUGUGUCCAACCUGGACGUGGAGAGCAAGCUGACGUGUCACUACAGAGCUCCUUGGCACAAGCAGAGGAACUUGUUGAGAUCCUCCACCCGACCUGCUUGUGUGCAAGACCUGCACCGCCUGGCACACCUGCACCAAGACCAUCAGAGCAGACCAUCGUGCAGCAGGGAGCGCCGUGUCACCAUCUCCAUCUCUGCUCUACCACCCAUGUCCAUCUACCCAUCUACACUUGUUGCACGCAGGAAAGGAAAGAAAGGUGCACGCUGGACAUCGUUCCAAAGCAACAAGCGCUCCUCUUCUCCCACCGACUGUUGUUACUUCUCCCCCUGGAACACAAAGGCCACGCCCUCUGACUCCGCCCACUGUGAGGGGGCGUCGCUGGGUGAGCGCUCCAAGAGUCCCAUCCCCAACAGGCCGAGCACGCUGGACAAGCAGACCAACUGGUCCUGCGCCCUGCCGCUGCCCACGCCCCAGGAGAGGAUGAAGUCCCGAGUCAUCAACUCUUGCCUCGUCCCAAUUAAUGUCACCGGCGUGGCCUUCGACAGAGAGGCGAGUGUGCGCUGCUCGCUGGGCCACGCUCAGUCUGUGCUGCAGAGGAGGAGGAAGCUGAAGAGGCGCAGGACGGUGGCCGGUGUGCCUCGACACGUGCAGCUGGACUUAGACUCUGAUGACUCGCCAGGGUCCAGAGAGCGCACGGUGAUCGUCCACGCCACCUUGGACAUCACCCCUUUUAAUGAGGUCCCGGACGGCCAUCUUGGCACCAGAGACUCAGGCUGCCAGACGGAGGACUUCCUGAUCUCAGGCGCGCCCUCCCGGAGGAGAAUCCGCGCUCAGCGGGGUCACCAGGUGGCGGCGCUCUCUCAGUCGGCAGGCAACAUCGCCGCCCUGCAGGACAGCCCGGACGACAUGUUCGCCGCCGCCAUGGCCACCCGACUGCGCUUCCACAGUCUGCCCCGGGACGGAAGCAGAGUGACGGAGAACGGCCAAAGCGACGAGGAGGAGGCGGAGCUUUCCACUUUCAACGUGGGAGACUUCUUGCAAGAAAGUGGUGAGAUGAUUCUGAAGGAUGUCGAUGAGGAAGAGAGCGCUGGUGACCGAGUGGGGUCCGAGCGCCUGAAGUACAAGCAGCAGUCGGAGACCCCAGAGCGGGACUGGAUGCAGAGGACCAGGUCUCAGCUGCCCAGGAAGGCAGACAUGGGUUGCUGCGACAUGUCGUCCAGCUCAGACACCUUCAGCAGCCCGGUGCACUCCGUCUCAGCCGCCGGGGUCCUGGGAGGUCAGAUGGACCACAAAGACGACCACCAGUCCUCCAGUGGGAACUGGAGUGGUAGCAGCUCCACGUGCCCCUCCCAGACCUCAGAGACUCUCCCGUCGGCAGCGUCGCCACCGCUCACCGGCUCCUCACACUGCGACUCUGAGCUCUCUUUGAACGCCGUCACUCACGGCAAUGAGGACCCGGUCAUACUGGACCACUAUGCAGGCCUCAGGUCCCAGAGAACGGGCUCCUUCUCUUCCGCAGCCAUGGACAUUUUAGAGGAAGCGGGAGUCAGCACCCCUGUGGACGGGGAAUGGAACUACACCGACCCGCAUCCUCCCGGCACUCAGGACUUCAGCCCUGAGCCGAGCGGGGAGGCCGGAAGCAGCCUGGGCUGCCCCAGCUUCACCAGCAUGGCCACGUGCGAGAGCAGCUUCUCAGACAAGCCGCCGUCGGAGAAGGCGGACACGGUCUCGCACUACUCCGAGGACACUGAAGGGUACUACACCUCCAUGCACUUUGACUGUGGGCUCCAAGGCAGCAGGAGCUUCACCUAUAAUUACGCAGCCUGCGGCUCUGACUCCGGUCUGUCGGACUUCAGCCGCCACUUGAGUCUCGGAGAGUCCAGAAGACGCUGCCUCUCUUUGAGGAAGCCAAAGGUGAAGCCGUGUCCGCCCAAGCGCAGCUCGUCACUUCGGAAAAUAUGCAGUGAGGGAAACAUCCCCGUCCUGAGAGAACCAAAGAUCAGCUGUGGGCAGCAGCUUCCACGGUCCAGGGAGAAGAACCUGCAGCUCCUUUUGUCGACGUCUGCAGGUCACAUCGCAAACUCCUCACCAGCCAAAGAGCCCACCAGGGCCUGGGAGUUGGAGGGCUCCUUGGACCUGCCCGACUUGGGCGUGUUCAGCUCAGCAGACGCACACUCGUUCAAAGACCAGGGUGUGGUGCAGGCCGACUAUGCAGACUUCUGGCUCCUGAACGAUUUGAAGUCCAGCGAUCCCUACAGAUCUUUAUCCAACUCCAGCACGGCCACGGGCACCACGGUCAUCGAGUGCAUCAAGUCGCAGGAGAGCUCCGAGUCGCAGGAGUCGGGCUCCAGGGCCACCACCCCUUCGCUUCCAUCCGUGGAGGGAGACUUCAAGCUGACGUCGCCAGAGAGGCUGGCAGGCUUGGCGAGUCCUUCCAGCGGGUACUCCAGUCAGUCAGAAACUCCCACCUCUUCUCUCCCUGCUGCCUUCUUCCCCGGGCCGCUGUCGCCUUCUAGCGGUAAAAGGAAACCCAAGGUGCCGGAGAGGAAGUCGUCGCUGGCGUCACUGUCCACUGCAUCCAAGCGGCAUCUGGAGUUGCCCAUAAUCCCGCCCUCGCACCUGGACUUAAGUGCCUUUCCCAGCGCCAGCAGCAAAGCUCCAAGUCACUGGACUCUUCAGCAAGAUAGGCCAACAGAGUCGCCUGAACCGGAAACCUUUACCGGCCCGUCCAUGAACAUCACCCCGGAUGUGCUGCACUCGGUUCAGCUGCGGUCCGUCAGCAAGGAACACGACGGAGGUCUCGAUGAAGACCCGAACUCUGACUGUCCUGCUGAGGACUUCAGCAGCGCUCCGGCCUGGUUGGAGAGUCCACACAUGGCGGGUGAGCCGGCGUCGCCUUCUGCCAAGGACCUGGGUCACGGUGACACCUGCGAGUCUUCCGAGGAGAACGUAUCGCCUUCAACGCCGCGGUGGGAGUCGUCCCCUCCUGACGACCGACCAACAGACGUCAUCCAGUCUUCCUCGCCACCGCCUGGAGAAGAAGAUCUCUUCCCACUCGAGUCCAGUCAAGUCACGGCUCUGCACCAUGCUGCACCUGUACCUCACCCGCAGGUGAGUCCGGGCAGCGAGGAAGGCAGCGAGGAGGCGGAGUCAACAGGUGAAGGUCCCCAGAGUGCCUGUCAGGACAGCAGAGAGGAAGAAGACAUGACAACCGAAGACCUCUUCAGCGAAGCACACGUGACAAGGAGCCAGUCUGUCGCCUCUCAGCUGAGCGAUGAGUCGCGGUCGGACGAUGACGUUUUUCUCUCGCCAACCAAGACUCGGACCACCGACGACCUCUUUGCUAUGAUACACAGGUCUAAGAGGAAAGUGUUGGGCCGGAAGGAUUCGUCGGGCGUGUCGCCCCCGAGCGGCGGCGCCGGCUCCCCAGGCCCGGCAGCCCCGCCCCCCGCCGCCACGUCGCCGUCCCCGCAGAAGGCCCCGGGCCCCAUCUACAGGAGCGCCAAGAAGUCCAGCACCUCCAGCGAGGAGUUCAAAUUGCUGCUGCUGAAGAAGGGCAGUCGCUCAGAGUCCAGCUACCGCAUGUCGGCCAGCGAGAUCCUGAAGAGUCCCGGCGCCCCGAAAGCCGGAGACUUUGCGGACGAGGACGUGUCCAAGGUCUACCCCAAAGCCAACACCGAGGGCUUCUCCCCCAGGUCCUUCCUUUCCCCGCCGUCCUCCCGCCACGCUCGCUCCAGGACGCCGCCGGCCGCCGGCAGCAGCCGCUACGGCGCCCGCAGCCGCCUGCCCUCGGCGCCCAUGCAGGCCAUCUCCGAGGGCGAGGCCGAGAACUCGGACGGGAGUCCCGCCGGCGAAACCUCGCCCGACUCCCAGUAGCGGGAAAACCACACGUAUUCUGUGAAUACCAGCGAGUACUACUGCAGUACUUCCCUUUCAGAAGUCACACAAAACAAGUUUUUAAAAGCGGGAAAAAAAAGCCAAGUCGAGACGAGAAAGUAAAAGUUGUGAGUCGGCAAGUUGCCAAUAAAGAAGAACGCUAAAUGCUGAUAGUGAUGAUGAACCUGUGCUUUGACGUGUUUUUAUCAAAGAGGCGAGUGGAAAGUGGACGAGGCGGCGGGAAUCGAACGCGCGAUCUUCACCUCUGCUUUUGUUUUGAAGGCGAGUUAGAAAGCAGUGUGUUUUAUGGCGCCUCCCUCUGGUCAACGUGGGUAUUUAUUUUUGUACUCUCUUUUGGUCUUUGAAAUACCAAAAACUGUUUGGAGACCCUGGCUGCGUGUUCAUGCUCCUUUAGAGAAGACUUUUAUGCAAAUGACCGCUUUAUACUGGAUCUGUUUUUGGCCUUCAAGCUAACAUGCUAGUCGGCAUGCUAACAUGCUAACAGGCUCCAACUGUAUUCUUGGUUUUUUUUCUAGCACUGAUCAGUGAAUUCUUCUUCAAAGUUCACCUUUCACGGACUCCAACGUGCGUAUGAAUCGCACUACUUCAGCUUGUCCUUGUCGUUGACCUGAACUGUCGUCUGGUAUUUAUUUGGGAGUCAACACUAGCGUCGCUACACGCUAAGCUAAAUGUGUCCCAAAAAAACGGUCAAUAAAUUGAGACAAAAACUUAA